GAAGCCACUUUUCAUCAACUUCCGGUGUCACGGAGUACCUGGGAGACGGAGCAAAAAAGCGGGCAUACCGAAAUCUUUAUUGUUUCACUAGCCUUAAAACGUUCACAAGCGUACGUAUUUGGCUUAUAAAGCCAAGUAACUGCACUCUGUGGGCAAGCGAGCCACCGGGGUUUGCAUUUGGCUUGAAAAAGAGUCUCAUUCAUUCGGCUAUCGCUCAAGCUAGUUAGCUAACGAGCUCUACUCUUGUGUCUCGAGCAGCAGGCCCAUUCUUCUGGACUUUGCUACAAGCUAGUUAGCUAACAUUAGCAGGCUAACCAGUGCGAACACGUUUUCUUUCUCAAUGAUUCUGUCUGUUACGUUGUAAAUAAAUAUCACACAGCUAAUGUGUGCGCUGGUGGGCGUUUUUUGGUAAUUUUGUUAUUAAGUGGCUUGCAAAUUAACGGUUAUAUAGUUUAGUUGUAUUAGCGAAACACUUGUUUUUAAAAGUGUUCACUUUGUUGCUAGCUUAAGCUAGCCACCGUCAACUGAACAACGCAGUCGCGGAGAGCGCAGCAACCUCCAGCCCACAGAGAUGUCGGACUUCGACGAAUUUGAACGACAGCUUUCUGAAAACAAACAAGCGGAAAGAGACAAAGAGAACCGCCACCACCGCCGCUCUUCUUCCCGCAGCCGCAGCAGAGAGAGGAAAAGAAGGAGCAGAGACAGGGAUAGACGCAGCAGGGACCGCCGUGGAGACAGUAAGGAGCGCAGGCACAGACGCAGCUCACCAUCCAGCUACCCCCAGGACAAUGCUGGAAGCCGUUCACCACAUCGUGAGAAGAAGAAGAAGGUGAAGAAGUACUGGGAUGUCCCCCCACCUGGUUUCGAACACAUCACCCCCAUGCAGUACAAAGCCAUGCAGGCUGCAGGCCAGAUUCCAGCCACAGCCCUCCUGCCGACAAUGACUCCAGAUGGGCUGGCUGUUACUCCCACUCCUGUACCUGUGGUGGGCAGUCAGAUGACCCGCCAGGCUCGUCGACUCUACGUGGGCAACAUCCCUUUUGGUAUCACAGAGGAGUCUAUGAUGGACUUCUUCAAUGCCCAGAUGCGUUUGGGUGGUCUUACUCAGGCCCCUGGUAACCCUGUCCUUGCAGUACAGAUAAACCAGGACAAGAACUUUGCCUUCCUUGAGUUCCGUUCAGUGGAUGAAACAACACAGGCCAUGGCAUUUGAUGGCAUCAUCUUUCAAGGCCAGAGUCUCAAGAUCCGCCGCCCACAUGAUUACCAGCCCCUGCCUGGCAUGAGUGAAAACCCCAGUGUCUAUGUUCCUGGAGUGGUGUCAACAGUCGUGCCUGACUCGGCUCACAAGCUCUUCAUUGGCGGUUUGCCCAACUACCUGAAUGAUGACCAGGUGAAGGAGCUGUUGACGUCAUUCGGCCCCCUGAAGGCCUUCAACCUGGUGAAGGACAGCGCCACAGGCCUAUCCAAGGGAUAUGCCUUUUGUGAAUAUGUUGAUGUCAACCUUAAUGACCAGGCUAUUGCUGGACUGAACGGCAUGCAGCUGGGAGACAAGAAGCUCCUGGUGCAAAGAGCCAGUGUGGGAUCCAAGAACGCCACUCUGACGAGCAUCAACCAGACCCCAGUGACACUGCAGGUGCCAGGUCUGAACAGCUCAGUGACCCAGAUGGGUGGUCUGCCCACUGAGGUGCUGUGUCUGAUGAACAUGGUGGCCCCAGAGGAGCUGCUGGAUGAUGAAGAAUAUGAAGAGAUUGUGGAGGAUGUCAGGGACGAGUGUAGCAAGUAUGGCCAAGUCAAGAGCAUUGAGAUACCUCGACCUGUAGAUGGCCUGGAAGUCCCUGGGACUGGCAAGAUCUUUGUGGAGUUCACGUCAGUUUUUGACUCUCAGAAAGCCAUGCAGGGGCUCACAGGAAGGAAGUUUGCCAAUAGGGUGGUGGUGACCAAAUACUGCGAUCCAGACGCAUAUCACCGCCGGGAUUUCUGGUAGAGAAGGUGUGAAAAGAAGAGGGGAGGGAGGGAGGGGGUGUACACUGCCCAUUUCCAAAUCAGCCCCUGGGUUGUUUUAACAGAGCAAUGUUUCAUGUGGAUCUGGAAGUAUAAUCAGCUAAUAGUGUCAGUGAUAUCCAGUUAUUUGAGAUCUACAUGAAAUUUCUCACAGUUGAUACAGAAAUAAUGGGGGAAAAGAGAGAUGGUUUCCAUUCAGUCAAAACAAAGAGGGUGAGCUUUGUGGUGGGGGUGUAAAUGGGAGGGGGCAACAAAGAUUUUUGAGAAAUGUGUGUAAUAAUGGGUCCAGGGUGGGGUCAGCAAUUUUUAUACUUUGUGACACAGGGAUGUCAUUUGGGUGGGAGGGGGGUGCCACACUUUAAGGUUUGUAUUUAAAUGGAGGUAGCCUGUUUUAAGUACAUUAGGAGGGAGUUGCAGUAGGGAACUAACUGGACUAUUUUGAGAAGAAGGAUUGAGAAAAAACAGGAGUGUUUGUCAAAGGGAGAUGGUUGUGGGGGAGAUAGAGAGGAAGAUGAGGGCAUUUUUGUUUGACCAUCUAAUGUAGAUACACAGUAGCUGUAACAUCCACUUCAGUUUUCUCAUCAUCAUCUUUAGAAAGACAAGAAGAGACUCCUCAGUUUUGGAUUUUUUUUUCUCUUUAAAUCUUUAGACUCUUUUCUUUUUUUCCUUCAUUUGUGUCAGACUACUGCCCCCCUCAGGAUGAUUGUUAGAGAAUCUGUUGUCUAAUUGGACUCUAUCUGAAUGUCAAUUGUUACUGUUUCAAUCCUGUGUGUGGCUUCACUGAUCUGAGCUGUACCAUCACCCUCAGAAUAACAUGAACAGCAGAAAAGAACAUUUUCAGUAAAUUUUUUCUAUUUUCUGUUUUUUUUUUUUUUUUUUUUUUUUUCACGUCCAUCUUUUGUGAGCAGCUUGUGACCAAUGAGAUUGUUUUGUCUCUGCAGUUAAGCCCGGAAUAAAUCUAAGAAAAAAAAAGGAAAAUAUGAAGAGGCAAACAGAUUGGUAUUUGAUAGGGAUUCAUCUUUCCUUACCAAUAAGCCUUAAUGUUAUUUCAUGUCAAUUUACAAAGGAAAGAAAUUUGGCUCGCCCCUUUAUCACUGAUGUCUUCUACGUGCAUAGAUGUCACUAUCUUGUGUUUUCAUUUACCUAAUAUCCCAGCAAAUUGGGGAUGUAAGAUGUGUUGGACCCAGUUGUUUUUCUGUGCAACGUCUCACCUCUUUUACAAGACCAAAUAAACACGUGACUAAUACCCUUGACUCUUGUUGUACAGCUCACUGUGAAGGGCAGUAUACUACAGAGUAAAAAUCCAAACCACACAAAGUAGGUCUGAUCUGUAAAGUCAUAGCCCGAUUUACAAAAGCCACAUACAAAGUCAAAGCACAAAAGAAGAAAAGAGUUCCUUUAAAACAUUUGAAUUUGGCAAAUAAUUCAAGCCUGCAGACAUAAAGAAUUACUAUUUUAGCUCGCAAAUAAAACCACAUUUUAGUUUAGAGAUUGAAUAACUUUUCUGUUAUAUGGCUGUCAGGGUUUUCAUUAAUCCUAAAUUGUGAGUUAAAUACUGUCCAUGUAUACUUCGUAUACUAUGCUACAUGAAAGCUGCUUUACUCUAGUCUCAUCUUCUGCCCUUUUUUCUCUGAGGACCACAAGUUCACACUGUAGGAGCAAAGGGCGAAGCAUUCAUUUGAUAUCUCUGGGUUACUGAAGAGCAAUUGUUUCAGCGAUAACACUUUUGAGACGUUACUCCUUACUUUCUUAAAUUUGCUUUUUCAGUGGCACUGUGUCUUUUAAUUUUUUUUUCCUCUGAAACAAAUGUGAUUUCUUAAGUGAAUUAAAACCCUAAAACCCACCGCUAGUUUAUAAACGCAUAAACAGUCUUUCAUUUGUCCUAUUUGUUUUCAAAUGUUGAUUAAAAACUGAAUUUACAUGA